AUGGUGGCCAUGAAUAUGAGGGUUUUUUGCUAUCUUCUAAUAUUUUUCAUCUUGCAAUUAUAUGCUAAAGUCUCCAACGCAAACUUAAAUAGACAAGCUCCACUGACGGCAAAUAAUGGUGGUCUUGGAGCAAGCACUAGUACUCCAAUUGACAACAAGGCUAUUGAUAAUGUAAGCGAAAACCGAAAGACGUUGAAGCAUGGAACUGUGAACGUUGAGGGAAAUGAAAAGAAUGGUUUAGAGAUAGAGAGCAAAGAAACAGUGAGGAAAGAAAAGAACAUGACGAGACUCACCAAAACGGUGAGUUUAACGGCUGAUUAUAGUGCCCCUGGUCAUCAUCCUCCUAGGCAUAAUUAA